AUGGCAGAGCCUGCCAUCUUUAGGCUUCCAGAUCCUGGGGACGGUGAGCUUGAGGACAGAGAGUCCGAGUCAGAGGCCGAGGAAGCUCCCAGGGCUCCCAGGUCUGCAGGUGCCCUGCGGACUGUUCGAUAUAGGGACAGACUUCGAAAUGCUUCCCGCGCAGAGGUUUUGUUUCUGUAUGCGAAAACCUGUGGCGACGAAUCAGAAUCUCUGGGCACCGCUGCUGCAGGGAAUUAUUUGUUUUGUGUUGCUGAGCUUGGGGGAAAAUGCAUCAAGCCGUUGGGUGCCCAAGAGCACUUGCAGCAGCAAGAUACUUGGCGAGCUCGGCGUCAGAAACGUCGCGAUCGAGAUUUCGCCGCUAAGCAGAUGUCCCUCCAGAACCAGACAACCCGAAACCAGAUGUUCAAGUGCUGUUUGAAGUCUCUUUUUCGUUUCAGGGCAGCUGUCCAGUUGGGGCCUGCCCAGGCUGCAGUGGCAGGUGCCUGGUGCCGGGCACCUGCAGCUGCUAACCAGGGUGCGGUGACUCCUGUUCCUGCGAUGCCCGCCUUGGCUGGCAGGUUGGCGGUUUUGCCUGCAGGGCAAGCGCAAUGGGUUUUUCAAGCUGCUGCGCCAAGCGUCAUCUUCGAAGCCGUUGCAGAUCGCCAGGGCCUUUACACUUGCUUUGCAGACGGACAGGCGGCGGAGCCUGAAGUAGGCACUGCGAGGCGUUACCUAGGGCGUCCUUUCUGGAUGGUUCGCUUGCCACCAACUGUCAUGAAGCAUUUGAUGGAGAUAGGCAAGGAGUUCGUGGUUCCUGGUGGGCUUGUGACUUCUUUGGGGCACCAGUUGCCCGGAACCGUUCCUGCUGCGGCAGAAGGAAGCCCCAGUGAUGGUGCCGACAGUGGUUCCUCUUCCUCCUGCGAGAUGAAGAAAGUGCGCAGGCCGGCCAUGCAAGAAAUCCUGUUGGGAAAGCUCGCUUACAAGCUCAGCUCAACGGUAGGCAUUCAAGAUGUGGUUCGCACCGUCCUUCGAAUGUUAGUGCCAGAUAGUUUAGGUGGUGGGGCAGACAAGUCGCUGCGAAUUGUCAGGUACAUCAGUCCUGACAGUUCCCCGCAAGCGAAUUAUGAUUAUUUUUGUGCGACAGAAGAGUUGCUGCUCUAUCGUUCCGACGAGCUUCCAAGGGAUGCGGGUGGAAAUGUCCAGAGUAUUGUGGGCGCUCAAGCUUUGGCGAGCGAGGCAAUACAGGAGGAUUUUCGUGAAUUGCCGCUCUUUCAUUCCGCUCUACACAUACCGGGAACACUACACAUAGUGUUUAACGCACUGGAAUUCAGCUUGAAGCAGCUUGAAACCUGGCAAAAAUUCGAGAAACAGUUGAACAGCAUCACCCGUGUGUGCAAAGAAAAGAGUUACUCAGAAGUAAUUCUUGUGAGAAUGAUGAAGCAUGCGAGCCCCGAGGAGAGACGGUUGUUGCAUCGGAUGGAUGACCUCUUAGACUGGAGGUGGGAUUCGCUCGCAAGAGUGCUGAAGGUUUGGGUUCCUCUAUAUCCCACCUUCAAGAAAUAUUGGAACCCAGCUGUUUUUGGUGGGGACAGCUCGUCAGUCACAAUUCGAGCUGUGACGGAAGCGUUGGCAGACGAGUGCCAUUUCGACAUGGCAGUGUGGACGCAUCAGUUCUCUGCCGAGGCCACCAGGCUGGCCCACUUUUUCGAGGGUUGUCACUGCCAUCAGGAGCAGCUGACAGACCCAGAAAACCGGGAAAAGAUAAACUGUUGUUGGAAAGGCAGGCGCUUGCCUUGGCUUGCGGUUGGUAAUCUCCAGGGAGCUUUGCAAGAUGCCAUGACAAACAACGAGAUUAGUGUUCUUGCGCAUCUCUUGUCUCGUUCUAGUGAAACUGCAAGUCGGAUGGCGCACAUGGCGGACACGUGCAACAAAGUAUUUGUUGCCGUUAUCCAGCAAAAGCUUGCGUAUGCUCAGCAAGUACCAUGGGUGUUUGCCGCAGCGUUUGCGGGGUAUAUGGGCGAGACUUGGGGCCGAGUGAAAAAGGUUCUUCGGCCACAUCUUCAGAACGUUGACAACAUGAUCUCCAGUGGCCAAGUCGGCGCUCUAGACUCUGUUACACAUGCUUUGUUUGGACCAACCGACACAGGCCGCAUGCUCCGAGAGUUUCUGAACUCGGAGGAUGACGUGCCCCUUGAUCGAUGGCCAGCGUUGUUUUGGAGAGUACAGGAAUAUGCCUUUGUUUCUUUGUCCGAGCGACACACGGAGAGAGAGCAUGUCGGUGUCAAGGUUGCAGCAAACCGUGGUCUCACAAAGGCUGGGCCUGCAGUUGUCUGCAGCCGCAAGCGCAGAGAUCAAGUGUUGGAGAUGCUGGAAGAUGAGAAACAGCUCGCUUUCUUGGUCAACAAUUGGCGCAGCAGGCGCCUUUGGAGUAGCCUGCUGGAGCACAUGCUCACUCACGAAGAGGUUCGACUUAUGGACACGCCAAAGAGGCUUUCCCGCUUGUACGGGUAUAGCGAGGAAGACCACUUCAAAGAUUGCGAGGACUCUGUUCGUGCUGAUGCCGUUUACCGCCAAACUUUGAGAGAUCAGACUUUGUUACUGGCCGGAAGCUUCAAGCUUCCGAGUGCUUCCCACCAGGUAGUGAACUGGCUGAAAGGCCAUUUGGCGACGGGCGUGUUUUUCAGUGUGUCCACGCAUGUCUUUGAGCUACUUGUCGACAGGGGUCGGAGAUGUGAAGACCCAGCCGCAUCCUUCAGAACCGACGUGCUGCUGUCUAUUCUGCGAGCCGACGUCCACCCUCGGGUAAGUGAUCGUGCUUCGGUUUUCUGCUCGGUGCUGGAUGCCAGGCCAGAAGCAAGAACGGAUGCUCGUGUUUCGCGACCUGCUGCACACAUCACAGACCCGAAGCUAGGCCGCCGCAGCUGUGUGGUUGUGCAGCGUUUCCACGACGUGGAUGUUUCCCAGGGCGUGCACGGCCUUGGUGGAGAUGUGCGGGUGGCGUGCACGAAUGUGCGGAUCGAGGUUCUCGACUUGGCACGGGUGUGCACAGCAGAGAACUUGAAAGCCUUUUGUGCAAACUGUUUGCUCUGGCGUGCUAUGCCUGCGGAACUGGCCUUGGCUCUGGGAGACGAGUCCACGCAGCCAGGUUUGCUGCAGGAGCCGCAAGUGCAGAAACUUCCAGAGAUUGUCUUAGACAGCGAUCCUGCCUGCUUGUUGAGUCGACCGCCUCCGGAUCCGCAUGUGGAAGAUGCCCUCGACAUCCUGCACCCCCCUGCCCAUGUCGUGCAGAAUGCGGACGACUCUGCGGUGCUGCAGGUCUACGGUGCUCCGUGUAGCGACCGAGAAAUGCAAGCUAUCAAAGAGUUGCUGCGAGCAAGGGCCAUCGGCAUUGAAUCUGCUGUGUAUGCCACAGACCUUGAACACUUCGAUGCUGUUGCACUGGAAGGCUUGCGUGACCGAGGUCUUGUCAUCUGCGAGACUGAUAUGUUCUCAGAUGUAUCCGUCGCCUUGACGGGCAAGUUGACCUACAGUGCAAGCUUGGUGCUGGCACGGCCAUUGUUGCUUUGGGAGCUUGACCAAACGACUUUGACUCGAGGCCAGAUGCCAGGCCGAUCAAAGUUGGAGUUAAUUCGUUUGUUGUUUGUCUUGGGCUGGGAGCCAGGGCUGGGCCGGGAAGCGUGGCAUCGCAAGCAGGGAGAGAAACGUCUUCCAGAUGACGUUCUAGUUUGCAGCCUCCCCUUCCUCAGAGCUUUGAUGCUGAGUCGGCUUAUAUGGGAAAAGCCCGGCAACUUGUCGGGCAUUUACUUGAAAGGCCCCCAGCAGUAUUAUGAGUUCUUGGUGGAUCAGGACGAUCUCAGCAGCUUGCGGGAUGCUUCUGCAGAGGAAAUCAAUGCUCGGUUCGCGCAGAAGAAAAAAAGACCUGCUGGCCGCAGCUUGACAAGAGAUGCGGCUACAGGUCUGGAGCUUGACCCAGAGGCUGAUGAUGCCGAGUUAGAAGAGCUUGUGCAAGAGCUGCCUGAAAAGCUCAUGCAAGCAGAAGAGCCGCAGCCAAGCAUGGCCAGCGGUGGUAGACGUGUCGCUCCUCUAGAAAUCGACUUGGGAGGCGGUAGGACACAGGUAGUGCAUUUUGACAAUUUCACACACUCCAGCGGUCAGCUCCGAGCAUUCGUUGCUUGCGAGACACACAGCGGCUGCCGCUUGUACACGUUUGUACGGCAUCAUGGCAGCCGCAGGCGGGCUGCUGCCUUUUUGCUUGCUUGGCAAAUGCGAGCAGCUCACCACCGCAGAGCUGAAGCUCACAUUGCGGACAAGCCAAGUGAAGAGCAGGUGGAUGCCAUGAUGCUCCGGAUCGCUUGA